AUGAGUGUGGAGAAUGCUGGAGCAUGGCGGGUGGUUGGACAACCCGUGGCACUGGCCAGCUGCUGUCCUGCCGCCAUGAUCAUACCUGUGCGCUGCUUCACCUGUGGCAAGGUCAUUGGCAACAAAUGGGAGGCCUACCUGAGGCUGGUGCAGACUGAGGACCCCAAGGGGGAUGUCCUGGAUGCGCUGGGCCUGAAGCGUUCCUGCAGCCACUGCGUGCUGCUGGCGCAUGGGGACGUGACCUAGAAGCUGCUUGAU